GAAGAUAGUAAUGGCGGCUAUUAGUAUUUUUUGGUUAUGAUGUUAUGAAAGACGUCAAAUAAACAAUCAUGGAUGAAUAAAAUAAUAUUAAUUAAUUUAACAAAUAAUAUCACCCGGCGAAAUGGUGAAUUAAAAGCUAUUCUCUGUAAGAAAUGUAGUUAAUUUAAUUUAAAAAUGGAGUUAAGUGGUGAAUUAGAAAAUAUAAAAUUAGAAGAACAAAUUUUUAAAGACAUUAAGUUUUAUGUUACUGGAGAAAUUUCCGACAAAGUAAUUGCGCUGUUGAAAAAUGGGGGUGCUGAACGAAUGAAUUACUUUACUGAUUAUGUUACACAUCUUGUAUGUGGUAAUAAUCCUGAAGAAAAUGAUCUUUCUGAUGCUAAUGAUUUGUAUGAAAUUCCUGCCAUCACGCCUAAGUGGAUAUUUAUGUCAGCCAGAUUAAAAAAGUUAGUAAACCAAAAACCAUAUCUGUACAAUCCCAACAAAUUGUUCUCUAACUGCGUAUUUUGUUUUUCAAAAAUAAAUGAAGAUAGAAACUCAUUGUGGGCUGUAAUAUCUUACAAUGGUGGAAAGGUGCAAUUAAAUUUGGAUAGAAAGUGUACCCACUUAAUAACAGUAGCUACUGAUACUGCCAAGUACUUAAAAGCUAUGGAAUUGGGCCCUGACAUAAUUAAAGUAGCAACACCCGACUGGAUAAUCGAAUCAGUUAAGAACAAUGGUUUUGCACAGAUAGAACUUUAUCAUCCAAAACUGAUAAAUUGGCCUAAAGUCACGAAAUAUGAGAGCACGACAGCAAUAACGGGUUUCGAACCGCCCCCAACAGAAACCGAAGAAAAUCUUAUAGAAACAAACUUGGCUGACUCCACAACACAGGCGUUAUUGGACAAACUCAAGCAGAGAAUGCCCUGGAAUCAACCUCAGACGUCCCAGUCCGCCAAUGAUGUCGUACCUCCAAACGUGGUCGCCCCCACAAACACAAAAAUCCCUCAAACUCCUCCAGCAUCUACUGUCACGCCUUCAUCUCCAACUUCAAACAAUACGUCACAACUCAAUACCCAACAACAACAACAACAACAACGUUUCUUCAGUUCUACAUCUCAGCAAUUGGUACAAAACUCUCAACAUAUAAGUCAAUUUUCCAAUGCAAGUCAAAUUCAACAAAGUCUAUUAACAUCUAAUAAUCAAAUGCCAAAGAGCAUAGUACAUCAUACUCCUCAAGGAACUAUAAUGAAUCAGCCGAGGCCCCAAUUGGACGUACAUCAAUUCAAACAAUCCAAUCAACAAGUGCUACAAAACGUUAGUCAAGCGCAGGCCAGUCAACUUAUCCAAAAUCGUUUGAUAACUCAACAGCAACUACAACAAAGACAACAUCUACUUGGACAAAUUGGACAAAUAAAUAAAUUAAAUCAACUGACCCAACUAAAUCAGCAAAAUCAAUUUAACCAGCAGCUGUUGCAACAACAGAGAGCCCAAGGAAGACCUAUUGGGCAACCUAACGUUCAAAUUUCCCAAUCCCCUCAGCAGCCACAGUCAAGUCAGAUUGUUACAAUCAAUCAGCAACAAAUAAAUCAAAAUCAACAAAAUUUAAUUCAAAGGAUGCACCUGGGACAGCUAUCUAAGAAUUCCGUUAGUAUGCAACAGUUGAACCAACAAAUUCAGCAACACUUUGCCAACAGGCAACAAAAUCUAAAUAUUACCCAGCUAAGCCAAAAUAACCAGAUGCAGCAUCUCAACAUCGCCCAACAAGUACCUACACCUACCCAGCAAAUAAAUCAACAACCCCAACAACAACAGUUACAUCAAAAUCAAGGUCCGCCAUUUACCAGCGUACCCCAAUCGCCACAAUCUAUAAGUCAGGUAGUUCUUAGUCCACAGAAUCAGCAAAAUAUAAAUAUUCAACAAAACAAAUUAAUACAAAGUCAUUUCAAUCAAAACCUGCAAGGUCAAAUUAACCAACAACAGAUAUUAACUUCCCAACAACAGCAAAUCGUCAACUUGAACCAAUUGCGCCAAAAACAAUUCAACCAAACUCAACAGUUUAAUGAUGCAAGUUCCAGAACUUUAACAGGAUUUGCUCAACAGCAAUCCAACCAACAACAGCAACAACAACAACAACAACCUCAGCAGCAGAAUCAGCCAGUACAAAGCCCUCAGCAAAAUCAGUUGAUUCAAAACCAACAAAUUCAAAAUUCGUCUCAAAAUCAGCUUAUUCAGAUUCAACAACAAAAUCAACAACAGCAAAGCCAAUUGAUUCAAAAUCAGCAGCAACAGAAUCAAAUUUUACAAAAUCAACAAAGUCAACAGCAAACGACGCAGUUGAUCACAACUCAACAACAAAAUACGUUGAUUCAAAAUCAACAGAAUCAACAACCACCUAACCAGUUAAUACAAAACCAGCAACCAAAUCAAAUAAUUCAAAGCCCACAAUCCUCUCAGUUGAUACAAACGCAGCAAGUACAGUUCGUACAAGCUCAACAGUUCAGUCAAAAUCAACAACAGUUAAUAGCGCAUAGCCCUCAAUCCACUCAAAAUUUAAUACCACAAAGUCCUCAGCAACCAAAUCAGUACUCUCAAUCACAACAGCCUCAAUUUAUUCAGCAAAAUCAACAAGUGCAGAUUCAACAGCAACAAAAGUUUGUGCAGAAUCAGAAUCAAAUGCAAGGUGUUCAGCAGUCGAACCAAUUUAUUCAAAAUCAACAACAGACAAACCAGCAGCCUCAACAACCUCAGCCUCAAAUAAUUAAUCAACAAAUAAACGUAAAUCAACAACAGCUGCUUAUAAAUCAACAGCAAAAUCAAACGUUUCAGCAACAACAAACCACGACGUCUGGGAACCAGUUCAAUCAGCAAUUGCUUCAGCAGUUGCCCCACUCUAGCAUUGCAAAUCAGCCACAAAGCCAGCUGGUUAACACCCAAAAUAUCGUUUCUCAAAAUCCAAUUACCCAGCAGCAAAUUGUUCAACAGAACCAGCUCAAUCAGCAAAAUAUUCCUCCUCAAUUAGCCCAGCAGCAAAACAUGCAAAAUCAGCAGCCAAAUUUGGUAUCUCAACAGAACAUUCCCAAUCAAAUGGUUCAACAAAACAUUCCUGCUCAACAACAACCCACUAUUCAAAUAAAUCAACCCAAUCUACCAGGCCAGCAAAGACCAUUAGGUCAAAACUUGUGGCAACAGGUGGGCAUUAGGCACGCCGCGAGCGUCAUACACCAACAAGGUGCUCCUAGAGUUCAGUGGCCUGCCAAUCACCCCCAGGGUGGAGUCAUACCUCAAAGACAAUAUAUCCAGCUUGAUGCGCAAACCCACCAACAGCUUCAGCAGAUGGCCCCCGAACAACGAGCUCUUUUCAUCGCUAAACUUCAGCGGCAAAGGCAGCUGGCACUUCAGCAGAAACAGCAACAACUUCAACUCCAGCAACACCAACAACAGCAGCAACAGAGGCACGUCGUGAUCAGAGGUGGUCCAGUUCCCCCAGGUCUCACUCCUCAACAACAAAUGCAGUGGCUACAACAGCAGGCCAAGCAGCAAGGAGUUGUUUUGCAGCAAGCCAGUAUCCAGCAGCAGCCGCCCCCAGUCGCCACCCCUAACAUACCUCAAGGAGCUAACGUUCAGUCGCCUAACAUUCAACAACCGCAACAGGCCCCAGGUUUGAGUCCUAUUCAACAGCAAGGUGCCCCUCAGUUUACUGACCAUGCUCAGCAGCUUCAGAUACAGAGACAGCAGCACUUCAGAUUACAACAACUACAGGUACAACAACAACAACGUGAGCAGCAGACUCCUAAACCUGCUCCACCCAUUCCACAAGAGCCCCCAGUAGUGCCCCAGGCCAACAUUGCGCGUCCCCUUGCUCAUCCCCAGGCCACCGAGACUGUUCCUGUGUCUGUUGUUGAUGCUAACGUUGCUCAGCAACAACUUGUAGUAAAUGCGAAAACCAAAACAGCCCUCGCCAACAUGUUAAGCAUUCGAUUACAAAGUGGGAGCACCAAUGUGGGCCCCGUGCCAGAGACCAUUGCCGAACCUUCCGCUGCAGGGACGUUAAGGUUGAUGACAGCUCAACAUAAUGCUGCCUUGAGUUCUCCAGGGCGUCCACAAGAUCUUUUGGGACUGCAACAAAGACGUCCCGUUGGAGCGCCAACUACAGAAUUGGCAAGACCACCCGCUGCUCCCUCAGUGCCCCCACCGACAGUAGGAGAGCCUCCCAAGUUGCAAUAUUCACCUAGGAGUAAUAUACCUUUGCAACAUCGACCUGGACCUUUUUAUGGACACAACCCCAACUUGAAACUCCCUCCAGAUUUGUUUCUUUUGGGGUGCAUCUUUGUGGUGGUUGAAGUUGAAAGAUUUCUUGAAGAAUCCAUGCCAAAUUGGAAGCAGAAGAUUGAAAAAUAUGGAGGAGAAGUGGAAAACCAGUAUUGUAGCAGGGUGACACACGUCCUUUGUGAAACACAGAGACAUGGGGUCGUCAUGCAGGCAUUGCGCGACUUCAAGAGGUGUGUUACCCUCUAUUGGCUUUCAGACAUCCUGAAACGUAAGCAGGUUCUUCCCCCGUGGACGGCUCUUCACCUUCCCACCAUGUAUUUAGAUACUGCGCCUGCUUCAAAACAUUUAAUUUCUUUAAGUGGCUUUGUAGAGCCAGAUCGAAGCAAAAUUAAGCAUAUGAUCAAAUAUAUUGGGGCCACGUUCACUAGUUAUUUUUCGAAGCACAAUACCCUUCUGAUAGCAGCCAAAGCGGAGGGCGAAAAAUUUGCACGUGCAAAAAAAUGGGGCACUCCUGUGGUCAAUAUUCAAUGGUUAACUGACGUAAUGUUGGGCCAUUUCAGUGCCCUGAACCACAUAGAACAUAUCAAGUAUCAGCAGUUCCCUACGCCGCCUGUUUUCACCUUUGACCCCGCUUUAGUGCCCACAUUAAUGCGUACGAUGUUUCUGUUUCUUUUUGUGAACGAAAUAAUUCUGAUAUAUGUUGUUCUAGAGGCCUGGAAAAUGCCAAUAAACAUUUCCCAAGAGUCAUACGAGAGGGUAAAGAGGUGUGUCUCCCCUGUUGCCAUGCCGAAGAAGACGAAAAAAAUUAAAACAGAAACGUCGAAUGACGAAAACGAAAACCCUGAGAGUUUCGGUAACCCGAAUGCCACCCAUAAAAUUCUCUUCUCUGGAUGUCAAAACAGCGACGAACUACGUAAAGUCGUAAUCAACCUGAACGGUGCCAUAGCAAAGACCACUACCGAGUGCACUCACUUGGUAAUGUCCACGUUGCAACGUACCAAUAAGCUUCUUCAUUGUUUGUGUUUGGGCAAUGUGCAUAUAGUUCCUGAUUCUUGGUUGUGGGAUUCCCGGAACGUGGGGAAAUUUCUCGACGAAAUCAAUUACACUUUCGACACCAAAGAGUUCAAUAGCAUGUAUAAGUGCGACUUUGGACAAACCUUGCAAACCAAAAACCGCAACAAACUCCUUGAGGGUAAAUUCUUCUUCAUCACCCCCAGCGUCUAUCCGAGUAAGAAGUUCCUCGCCGAACUGGUGCAGAGUUGCGGAGGAGUCGUGGAGAAAAUACGAAGGACAGCUUCUCAAAUCGAAGCUACCAAUAUCAGCUCGCCUUACAGUUAUAUAAUACUAACCCAUGAAAACGACCUGCACAUCGUCUAUGACGUGUUAAGAAACAAGAAGAACAAGGUGAAGAUCGUUUGUAAUGUGGAACUUCUCCUCAGCGCCAUUUUAAAGCAGACAUUCGAAAUUGAGCCCUAUACCGUCAAAGUUUUGUGACAGUCAUAUGAAGACGAUUAAAAAGAAUAAUGUAAAGGUUUAUAAUUAAUUAGUUAGUACAUUAAGUAAUGUUGUGGUAAUUAUCGAAAUAAAUAAUCGUUAAAUUUUGUUGUAUA